CGCCGAGUGAGUUGGUCUUUGAUCUGAGAAAACAAUGGCUGCCUCGGUUAUGGCAUCAGUGAGUCUUAAACCGAGUUUCAGUAGCUUCGAGAAGAAUCCAGGGUUUAGGAGAGGUGGUGAUGUGCAUUCACAUGCUAGGGUUCCUUCUUCGUUCAAGGUUGAAGCCAGUAAAGCCGCGAGGAAGAUCAACACGAACAAGCCUUACGGAAUUAAUGGCGACUUGAAGUUGAAGGACGGUGUUGAUGCUUCUGGGAGAAGAGCUAAGGGAAAGGGUGUUUACCAGUUUGUUAAAAAGUAUGGUGCGAAUGUCGAUGGCUACAGCCCUAUCUACGACCCCAAUGACUGGUCUCCCACCGGGGAUGUUUACACCGGCGGUAUGAUUAACUUUUCUCGGUUUAGACUUUCGAGAUAA